AGCAUACCUCCUUUUCACCGCCACCAUUCGAGCUGGGGCUGAGGCGAGUACCCGCAUACGGAGUGCGGGACACAGAGUGUCGUUGUGCGCAUCCUCUGUUAUAUAUAUAUAUCUUUCUCCCUUCAAAUUGCCUACAUUUUCCAUUCCAGUGUGCUGAAAAGAAUUUGGAGCUCUCGGUUAUAAGAUAUCCCCUCCAUCCUCAUUCCUACAGGAACUCUACAGACAAUUGUGGAAUACAUUGUACCUUUCCGUGUUAAUGCCAUGUGACAAGGCUUUUCCAGAUUUGGCGUUUCCAUCCUCUUCAAGAAAAGUCGCUCCUUGCUCCGACUUUUGGCGAUAUUCAGUUGCUAAGUGAAGGGGAACAUACAAGGAACCCCAGGAGGGAUGGAAGUUUUGGUCGUUGGCUCGCUCCUCUGAGAGGCUGCCACCGCUGCUGUUGGCGAUUGGUGCAGGAGGGGAAUCUGCGUCGCCAGGUCUAAAAAGGCAGGGGGGAUCUCGGGUCAUUAGCCAUCACAGGACCUGCAAUUCGAGAGAAGGUUUCCCCCAAACCACCUUUCUUGCUAUCGAAUCGUCACAUAUUUAUUUCCUUCUUUAACGAUCGGCCACAUCCUCAUCCCUUCAGCUUCGACUUAACGCGUCGGCGUUUUGGAUGCGGCGUGUUUUCUCUCUUUUUUUUUUUCUUUUACUGCAGCUCGGCGCCUCUCUACUGACACAGAAUCUGAUUUAAUGUUGGGACGAAUUCCAACAGGGUACAACUCUCUUAUUAUAUCCUAGAAAUUUGCCACUUUUUUUUUACCUUUCCAUCUCUCCAAACGCAAAAAGAGCAAACCGAGGCAGAGAUUGAUGGACUAAAAGAGAAGCCUCGUUUCACGGGAUUUUAACUCUGCUCAGAGCUGUAGUUUUUCCUGCCUUUCUUUUUUCUGAUCUCUGGACAUAAUGAAAGUUCUCCUGGCCGUGUUGCUUGUUGCCGUUUUUUGGAGCCAGGAGUGGAAGUCGGUGCUGUCGGAUUCAAUCAUCCAUAUCGGUGCCAUCUUUGACGAGUCAGCACGGAAAGAUGAUGAAGUUUUUCGUCUCGCCGUGGCAGAUCUCAAUUUAAACAAUGAGAUCCUGGAGACAGAAAAGAUCACCUUCUCUGUGGAAUUUGUCGAUGGGAACAAUCCAUUCCAGGCUGUGCAAGAAGCUUGCGAGCUGAUGAACCGUGGUAUCCUGGCUCUGGUCAGCUCUAUUGGCUGCAUGUCAGCAGGUAGCCUUCAAACAUUGGCCGAUGCAAUGCACAUACCCCAUCUUUACAUCCAGCGCUCCCCGGGGGGAACACCCCGCUCGGCCUGCCCACCCACCAGUCGGAUUCCUGGAGCUGACGACUACACCCUCAUGGUCCGCCCACCUGUGUUCCUCAAUGAGGUUAUCAUGCAGGUGGUGUCUGAGUACAGCUGGCAGAAGUUCGUCCUCUUCUAUGAUUCUGAUUUUGAUAUCCGUGGUAUUGAGGAUUUUCUGGACCGUACCUCUCAGCAAGGAAUGGAUGUGUCCCUUCAAAAGGUGGAAUCUAACGUCAACAUGAUGAUCACAGGUCUUUUCAGAACAAUGCGUGUGGAAGAACUGCAUCGAUACAGGGAUACGCUACGGAGAGCAGUGCUGUUCAUGAGCCCGGCUACUGCCAAGGCUUUCAUCACUGAGGUGGUGGAGACCAACCUGGUUGCCUUCGAUUGUCACUGGAUCCUGAUUAAUGAGGAGAUCUCAGACUACGACUUACAGGAAUUAGUCAUGAAGUCAAUUGGCCGGCUAACUUUAGUUCGCCAGUUGUUCCCAAUGCCCCAGAACACAACUCAGCGCUGUGUCAAACACAACCACAGGAUUAACACAUCCCUUUGUGACCCCAAAAGCCCUAAGGCUCAACAGCUUGAGAUCACCAAUCGUUACAUCUAUGAUACUGUUUUGCUGCUGGCCAAUACCUUCCACAGAAAGUUGGAGGACAGGAAGUGGCACAGCAUGGCCAGCCUGAGCUGCAUCAAGAAGAACUCCAAGCCUUGGCAAGGAGGAAAGAGCAUGCUCGAGACUGUGAAGAAGUUUGGAGUAAGUGGCCUCACCAGUUUCUUGGAGUUUACUGACAAUGGCAGUAAUCCCAAUAUCUUCUUUGAAAUCCUGGGAACAAACUAUGGAGAGGACAGGGGCCGAGGAGUCAGUAGGCUCGCCACAUGGGACCCAGUUCAUGGACUGAAUGGUACUCUGACUGACAGGAAGUUGGAAAACAACAUGAGGGGAGUUGUGCUAAGAGUCGUCACUGUUCUGGAGGAGCCAUUUGUGAUGGUGUCAGAGAAUGUGCUUGGAAAACCGAAGAAGUACCAAGGCUUUUCAAUUGAUGUCCUGGAUGCCCUGUCCAACUACCUGGGCUUCAAGUAUGAGAUCUAUGUGGCUCCAGACCACAAAUAUGGCAGCUUGCAGCCUGACGGCCAGUGGAAUGGACUAAUGGGAGAACUGGUUUUUAAGCGAGCUGAUGUUGGACUCUCUGCUCUGACCAUCACGCCUGAGCGGGAGAGUGUUGUAGACUUCACCACACGCUACAUGGAUUAUUCUGUGGGCGUUCUGCUGCGCAAGGCCGAGCGCACAGUGGACAUGUUUGCCUGCCUGGCACCCUUCGAUCUGUCGCUGUGGGCGUGCAUUGCAGGCACAGUGCUUCUCAUUGGCAUCCUGGUGUACUUGCUCAACUGGCUCAACCCACCACGGCUGCCCAUGGGAUCUGUAUCUUCGACCACACUUUACAAUUCCAUGUGGUUUGUGUAUGGGUCCUUUGUACAGCAAGGUGGAGAAGUCCCAUACACCACCCUUGCAACCAGGAUGAUGAUGGGCGUUUGGUGGAUGUUUGCUCUCAUUGUCAUCUCUUCAUACACUGCUAAUCUAGCAGCUUUCCUCACCAUCUCACGAAUAGAGAACUCCAUACAGUCUCUGCAGGACUUAUCAAAGCAGACUGAGUUGCCUUAUGGGACAGUGUUGGACUCUGCAGUAUAUGAUCAGGUGCGCUCAAAGGCUAUGAACCCCUUUGAGAGAGAUCCCAUGUACUCUCAGAUGUGGCGGAUGAUUAAUCACACUGGAGGAGCAGAUAAUAAUGUUGAGGAGUCGAGGGAAGGCAUUCGCAAGGUGAAAUAUGGUCGCUUUGGCUUUGUGUGGGAUGCAGCAGUGCUCGAGUAUGUCUCCAAUAAUGAUGAGGAUUGUUCCUUCUACACUGUAAGCAGCAACGCGCCAGACCGUGGAUAUGGUAUCGCCAUGCAGCACGGCAGCCCCUACAGGGACAUUUUCUCCCAAAGAAUCCUGGAACUCCAGCAGAAUGGUGACAUGGACAUCCUGAAACUCAAGUGGUGGCCCAAGGACAGCCCAUGUGACCUCUACAGCUCAGACCAGACACGGCAGCGUGGCAACGCGCUCGACAUACACAGCUUUGCUGGAGUUUUCUGCAUCCUGGCAGCUGGUGUAGUGCUCUCCUGCCUCAUUGCUAUGGUGGAAAGCUGGUGGUCACGGCGAAAGGGCUCCAGAGUCCCAUCCAAGGAGGACGAUAAGGAGAUUGACCUGGAGCACCUACACCGCAGGGUUAACAGCCUGUGCACCGAGGACGAAAGCCCCCACAAGCAGUUCUCCACCUCUUCCGUCGAUUUAACCCCCCUCGAUAUGGAUGCGCUUCCUGCUGCCCGACAGGCUCUUGAGCAGAUCAGCGAUUUCCGAAACACACACAUCACUACUACCACUUUUAUCCCUGAGCAGAUCCAGACCCUGAGCCGCAGUCUGUCCGCCAAAGCCGCCGCUGGGUUUUCCUCUGGUUUUGGUGGUGGCACCGGCCUUCAGGACCACCGAACUGCCGGGGUGGGCCCCUUUAGGCAGAGGGCCCCAAAUGGUGGCUUCUUCCGCAGUCCUAUUAAAACUAUGUCCUCCAUCCCUUACCAGCCAACAGGUCCAGGACCCAACUUUGGAUAUGGCAAUGAUCCAGACAGGGGCACUUCCAUUUGAGGUGUUGCAAUGGAUGAAGUUGGUUUGGGAGGAGAAAUAAGAGGAAGAGUGGUCUGAGUAUGUCAUGGGGUGGUUGAACAAAUAUGUGGCUAGGCUAAAAAGUCAGAGGAUAUAUAUAUAUAUAUAUAUAUAUAUAUAUAUAUAUAUAUAUAUAUAUAUAUAUGUAUAUAUAUAUACAUAUAUGUGUGUGUAAACAGGAAUAUUUGUUUCUGUUUGUAGUUUCUGCUCGGGUAUCGAGGAGUGUUAAUUUUGUAUGUGGGGGGAAAAAAACGAAAAAGGUGGAGGUCUGAAGGGGAAUCCUUCAUUCUCCCACAAACAAUGCAUCUCUGCUUUAUUGUUGUCAUUCUUGUGAUUGUUUGGGGGGUUAUUUUGGGAGUUGCAUCUAAGAGGGGACCUGUUUUUUAUUGAUGUUUUAGUUUUAUGACAUGAGGACUUUCUCGUGUAAUACGGAACUGACCUGACACUUGUUGCUGUAUGAACACUCUCUUGGUGGGUUUAGUCAAAAACUACUGUAACACCAAGACAUUAUCUUUGUUAGCUCCAGAGUUGCCAUUGAUGAAGGAUUUUAGCUGUCUUUAGCCAUUAAACAACUUCCAGGGGUUCUGACUGCUAACAAAAAUGAGGCAUUAAUAUUAUGAAAACAAAACACAUAGGUUGUCUUUAAUUGAACACCCUACAGCUUGUAGUGGUUUCAUUAGCCCCUAGGUGAACAAUGAGGAUUAAGUAUCUCCAGUUUAACUCUGCCUUUUCACUAUUUGAGAUGCCGUGCUCAUUAUUUUCUUCACCGGUGUUGUUGUAUCAAUGCCUUGGGUUUUGAAUAUGUAAGCAGGAUGGUAUCCACAUGGGGGAGUCUGACCAAGACAUAAGGCCUCUACGGUGCAUCAGUGUGAAAACUGUUGAAUUGCCAUGACAGUACAACAGCGUGUUACUGUAACCCACCAGUUCCGGUGCAUCAGUCUUUAAACUUCUGCCAUUUUUGGUGCAUCAGCCUGAAACUGUUUUCACCACUUUGAUGCACAUUAAACUCUUUGUUAAUCCUUCUGCACUGUACCAGUGCCCACAGACCUGUAAGUGAUUGUAUGUAGAUUUUACCUUUUAUUUUUGCUCACCUGUAUUGUGCUAUCUGCUUUUCGAGUCAAGGUGAGACCCUCCAACCAGACUCUCAGAGGUAUAGGAGUAAAUGGACACUCAUAAAAAGCAUCUGAAAAAGUGAAAAAAAGUCGAGGUGAAAGACUUAACAAAGCUUAUGCUCAUGUGUCUUUUAUUGAGUUUUGUUUUGAGAAAAAAAAAAGAUUUUAAUGCGUGGAACGUGCUUUGAUCAGGACGUGCAAAAAAAUUAACAUUGUUCUGAGUUGUCUACUUGUUUGUUUUUUUUUAUAUCUGAGCAAACUUUGGAAAAACUGCUAAACAAUUGCUGUAGUCUCUGGUUUUGUGUCACAGAGUCAUUCAGAUGUCUGCUCCUUGAUUUUUUCUCUGUUUUGAUUAACCUUUUAGUGCUACCAUAGCUCUGGUGUUUAGAAGAUUAAAGCUCGCUCUCCAAUGUCAUAUCACAUCCAAGAAUCAUUAAUCACAUCUUAUCAUGUUCAAGUGCUGAAACGAAGUAGAAUCUGUGUUGGGACAAAGCCAUUGUGACAACAUCUUCCGUACAAGUCUUCUGUGACAGCCAGCUAGCGGUACCCUCUCAACUUCCAGAAAGCUCUAAACAACUCCUGUGUACUGGAAACACUUGGAAGCAGCAAAUCAUUGUUGAGUUGGAGGUUAGGGUAAUGACUUGAAGAAUCAGUGGUCAUCAGAACCUAAUGAGUCCAAAACACACUGACUUCAUGUUUUUCACAGUAAAGGUUAUAUUUAUAUAACUUGUUUUUUUUUAAGUGCCAAUUAAUUAAAAUGAAACCAUUAAGGUACAUUUUUAUUUGGUGGGGAGUGGGAGUGGAGCACUUUUGUGGAUUACUUUGUGGAUUAGAGGGCAGGUUGGUAAAGUGGAACCAAACCUUUUAAUUUUACUAACACUGUAUUAAUAAUUGGUAAUGUUAGUUGUUUAGAGCAAGUUUUUGGUUUCUUAUGUUUCUGAGCUAAAGCUGCAAACUGUUGUGUGUAGAGAAUUCAGUCGAGCCACAGUGUUUUGAAGCAAGUAUUGUUAGGGUUUCUUUUCUUAUAUUAGACUACAGAAUGGCAAAUAGGACACAUGCAUUUAAAAAGAUUUAUUUAGUAUAAAUGAGAGAGACAUUAUGAAAAUGUAUAUUUUACAUGUUGAUGCUAUUUUUGUUUAACAAAAAGGAAAAGACUAUAUCAUGUUGAGUUUUAGUGGUGAGUUGAGCAGGUAAGUUACUGCCUUUGGUUCUCCCCAUCCUGCCUAUGGUAAACAUACACAUGCACACUAAUGGUUUGCUUUUUUUUUUAUCAUUCAUCAUUCAGAUUUGUUUUCUGGCUAAAUAACAAAACUUGGCAGGUUCACUAAAAACAAUGCAUGCACAAACUUGCUGUUUUAGCUAUCUGUUAAAAUUUUUUAUUUCUUACAUAGAACUACAGGAUUUACUUGAUAAUUUUCCAGGAUUUAUGAUGUACAGUAUUUAAUAUAGGCCUAUUUUGUUGUAUGUGUUGCAUAAUAUUCAACAACCGAAACAAACUGGGGCCUCUGUUACAAGUGGCAAAGCUUUCUGUGUAUAAUUUGUCUAAUAAACAGGUUUUCUACA